AUGGCCAGCGCCCUGGACACCCUGUGCGGCCAAGCGUUCGGCGCCGGGCAGCACCACCUCCUGGGCAUCUACAUGCAGCGCGCCAUGUUCCUCCUCACCGUCGUCAGCAUCCCCCUCGCCGUCGUCUGGUUCUACACCGGCGAGAUCCUGCUCCUGUUCGGCCAGGACCCGGACAUCGCCACGGAGGCCGGCGCCUACGCCCGGUGGAUGAUCCCGGCGCUCUUCGCCUACGGGCUGCUACAGUGCCACGUCCGGUUCCUGCAGACGCAGAACAUCGUGGUGCCGGUGAUGGCGGCCGCCGGCGCCGCCGCGGCGUGCCACCUGGCCGUGUACUGGGCGCUGGUCUCCGGCCUCGGCUUGGGCGGCAAGGGCGCCGCGCUCGGCAGCGCCGUCUCCUACUGGGUCAACGUCGCCGUGCUGGCCGUCUACGUCAGGGCGUCGCCUCGCUGUAGCAAGCCCUGGACGGGCUUUUCCGUGGAAGCAUUCCGUGCCGCCCUCGGGUUUCUCAGGCUCGCCGUGCCGUCCGCCCUCAUGGUCUGCUUGGAGUGGUGGUCCUUUGAGCUGCUCGUGCUCCUGUCGGGCCUUCUUCCGAACCCCCAGCUCGAGACAUCCGUCCUUUCCAUCACGCUCAACACUGCCAACUGCUUGUUCAUGGUCCCCUACGGCCUCGGCGCCGCAAUAAGCACCCGUGUCUCGAACGAGCUCGGCGCGGGGCGGCCGCGGGCGGCCCGCCUCGCCGUGCGCGUCGUCAUGCUCCUGGCCGUCUCGGAAGGGCUCGUGACGGGGUCGGUGCUGGUGUGCGUGCGCUACGUCUGGGGCCGCGUCUACAGCGACGACGAGGAGGUUGUGAGAUGCGUGGCGAGGAUGAUGCUGGUCCUUGCAGUGUCCAACUUCUUCGAUGGAAUUCAGUGCGUUCUGUCAGGUGUGGCUCGAGGCUGCGGGUGGCAGAAGGUCGGCGCCUGGGUCAACCUCGGCGCGUUCUACAUCGUCGGCGUCCCGGCAGCAUACCUCAUAGCCUUCGUCCUUUGCGCCGGCGGAAUGGGCCUCUGGACCGGGAUCAUUUGCAGCAUUGUGGUGCAAGUCGUGCUGCUCCUGCUCAUCACGUUGCGCACUGACUGGCAGAAAGAGGCGACCAAGGCGAAGAACAGAGUGCUCGAUUCUUCUCUUCCGACAGAUCUCGUCGUCGCAACAUGAAGGCAUAUUCGGACUUUGCUCAAGCCUGUGGAUUUGAAAGCCGCACGGAAAGAAAUGGCCGGAGUUGAUUCAGACUGCGAAGGUUGCGAAGAGUUCAGGGGUCAGCAGAUAGCAGUUUACACUUCAGGCUAAGUGGCUAACCGAAGAACAGAAAGUGAACUGUAGCAGCAGAAAUGCAGAGCACGGAAAGUCAAUUGUAGGUUUAUAUCAAAUCAAUCUAUCUCAACUUUGACCAAAAAUAUAUAUAAAAAUCAAUAUUUUAUGAUAUCAC